AUGGCUAUCUUGACUGACAAUCAUUCGCUCCAUCGGAGCGCGGAGGACUUUGGAGCCAUGUACGAGCGUGUCAGGCAUCGUGCGCCCGCCAUGGAGAAAGGCGCUAAUGCCGGGGCUUCAACCGACGUCACCGACAACGCUCCGAGCUUAACACGACCCCAGCCAGCAAGCCCGCCGCAUCAGUUUGACGAUAUACUUGACGAUCCCGAAUACGACGAGAUAAGCGAUAUCGCGGAGCUUAAAAAGAACCACCUCAUAUACAUCCGCGAUCCAGAGGCUGUCCGCAGACACGCAAUGGCGGCCGACUUCAGCGAAGGGCGCCUAGAGACAUUCGUCGGCAGCCCUCAGAAAGAGCUGCCAGGCACGCAGAACCAAUAUGUCUCGUACCAAGUAACCACAAAGUCCGACUUCCAGUCCUUCCAGAAACCCGAGUUCUCCGUGCGUCGCCGCUUCACAGACUUCGUCUUCCUCUGGAAACAGCUCUCGAAAGAAUACCCGCAAUGCGCCGUCCCGCCGCUGCCCGACAAGCACAAGAUGGAGUAUGUGCGCGGAGACCGCUUUGGCCCGGACUUCACACAGCGGCGAGCCCACUCAUUGCACCGCUUCCUCAAGCGGAUAGCACUGCACCCAGUGCUGCGGAGAGCAGCCUUGGUAAUCAACUUCCUGGAGAGUCCCGACUGGAAUCAGCACAUGAAGGGAAGGUCCUCAAGAGCUGCGAGCGGGUCCGAACAAGGCGGCGGCGGCUUCGUGGACGCCAUCGCCGACACCUUUGUCAACACCUUUACCAAGAUACACAAGCCGGACCAGCGUUUCAUCGAGGUUAGCGAGCGAGCCAACAAGCUCAGCGAGGAUCUGAACAACGUUGAAAAGGUUACUGUCAAGGUGGCCAGGCGACAGGGUGACCUGGAGACGGAUUACGCCGAUCUAGCCACACAAUGCCAGAAGCUGACGACCAUGGAACCUGCUGUCGAAGGCAAUCUGACAUCCUUCGCUGCUUCCGUAAAUACCACCUCACAGGGGUUCAAGUCUAUUCGAGACCACACAGACCAAAACUACCUUACUAGUCUGCGCGAUAUGGAUGCCUACAUCCAAGCUGUGAAAACACUACUCCGUACGCGAGAAGGCAAGCAGCUCGAUUUCGAACAGCUGAGCGAAUACCUUGCCAAAUCCGCCGCGGAUCGGGAUUCCUUGGCUAGCGCGACAGGGGCCGGCAUGGGUGCAUCUGGCUUCCUGCGAUCCAAAGUGGAAGACUUCCGGGGUAUCGACCACGAUCAAGCGCGGCGACAACGGGUCCGCAAACUGGAGGUUGAAAUUGAGCGGCUCACGGGCGAAGUCGAGAUGUCUAAGAAAGCCAGCGAGGCCUUUGAUGAGCACACGGUCAAGGAGGUGUCCGACUUUGAACGUAUCAAAGCCAUUGAAUUUAAAGAUACCCUGGGCGAUCUCGCAGACGCACAUGUCGAAUUCUUUCAGGGCACCAUUGAGACGUGGGAAAAGUUUCUCGAGGAUAUGCGGAAGGAGGAGGAUCAGAGGAAGGCUGCUGCGGCAUCGUAG